AUGCAAUCAAGGGCGACCGAGUCAGCAAAAACCCGGCCGGGGGCCCUGGGGGAAGCCGACCUGCUACGUGGCAGCGAGAGCCUGCUGAAGGCGCGCGCGCUCGUGGCUUUCCACCAGGGCAUCUACGCGGAGCUGUACAGCAUCCUGGAGAGCCACAGCUUCGACGCCGCCAACCACCCGCUGCUGCAGGAGCUGUGGUACAAGGCGCGCUACAGCGAGGCGGAGCGCGCCCGCGGCCGGCCCCUGGGCGCCGUGGACAAGUACCGCCUGCGCAGGAAGUUCCCGCUGCCGCGCACCAUCUGGGACGGCGAGGAGACGGUGUACUGCUUCAAGGAGAAGUCGCGCAACGCGCUCAAGGAGCUGUACCGCCACAACCGCUACCCCUCGCCGGCCGAGAAGCGCCACCUGGCCAAGAUCACGGGGCUCUCGCUCACGCAGGUCAGCAACUGGUUCAAGAACCGGCGCCAGCGCGACCGCAACCCGGCCGAGGCGCAGUGCAAGAGUGAGUCCGAUGGCAAUCCCAGCACCGAAGAUGAAUCCAGCAAGGGCCAGGAGGACCUGUCUCCGCAUCCGCUGUCCAACUCGUCCGACGGCGUUACCAGCCUGAGCCUCCCCAGCCCCAUGGAGGCGGUGUACAUGCAGCAGCUCGGCAACGCAAAAAUCUCUCUAAGUUCUUCUGGCGUCCUCUUGAACGGGAACCUCGUGCCUGCCACUACUUCUCCCGUCUUCCUGAACGGCAGCUCGUUUCUUCAGGGACCCAAUGGUGUCAUUCUCAACGGACUCAGCGUGGGGGCUUCCCAGACUGUGACCUUAAACGCACCCAAAACCACUUCGAGUGCGGUGAGCAACGGGGUGUCCAUCACCGACAUAUUAUCAUCCUCUUCCGAAGAUGUCAAGGACUUCAAAAUCCUCCAGGCUUCUGUGUCUAGCUCUGCAGAGGCACCCACAUCGUACAGUCCCAACAAUGUGCCCGUCUCUUUCCCGGGGUUGAUACCCAGCGCAGAGGUGAAAAGGGAAAGCGUACAAACUGUUGCCUCUCAAGAUGGAGGCUCCGUUGUUACUUUUACUGCUCCCGUCCAAAUAAACCAGUAUGGCAUUGUCCAGAUCCCGAAUUCAGGAACAAAUGGUCAGUUGCUAAAUGGAAGCAUCGGGUUUUCGCCUCUGCAACUGCCUCCGGUUUCUGUUGCAGCUUCGCAAGGUAACAUUUCAGUAAACCCAAGUACGUCAGAUGGGGGUACUUUUACAAGUGACUCUUCAACGGUGCAGCAAGGAAAAGUUUUCUUCAGCCCCCUCACUCCCAGUGCAGUGGUGUAUACGGUUCCCAAUUCAGGUCAGGCAAUAGGGACUGUUAAGCAAGAAGGAUUGGAAAGAAGCCUUGUGUUUUCCCAGUUGAUGCCAGUCGGUCAGAGCACGCAACUCAACGUAAACAUGUCUUCUGAAAAUGUGUCUGGCGGCGGCCUCCCGUCCAUGGCUUCCUCACUGGUCAACGUAACUCCCCCCCACAACUUCCCCCUAGCUCCACCUACCCUUUUAAAUGCUGCAGAGCUGAACUCGGGUAUCUCAGAGAGCCAGUCCAUGUCAGCACCCGUAACAAGCACGUCUACUGUGAUAUCUAUCAGCAACACUAACUAUGCAACUCUUCAAAACUGUGCCCUCAUUACUGGUCAAGAUCUGAUGGCAUUGUCUACAGCACAGCCUGCACUUGGGGAAAUAGUUUCACCCCCCGAAGAUCGCGUCAGCCAUCCGUCCACAUCGGUUCACCCAGAUUUUGUGAGAGAGCACAGGUUAGUUCUGCAGUCGGUACCCGACGUCAAAGAGAACUUCUUGUCAAAUUCUGAGAGCAAGUCGCCCAGCAACUUACUGAUGCUGGAUACGAAAUCCAAGUAUGUUAUGAGUAAUAUGGUUGACCCUGUCUGCGAAGAACUGGAAACGGACAAAAAAGAGCUUGCCAAACUCCAGACAGUUCAGAUGGAUGAAGACAUGCAAGACUUGUAACUUUUUCUUGCUUUUGUUUCAUCAGAGAAGUCUCCUCGUGAGGCCGUAAAAAGCACCAGGUGUUUUCUCACGUAGAGAAAAUACCAACGCAGCUCAAAACAGAAGAGCUUUGGAAUAGUCUGCAGUAAAGUACACGGGAAUCUACAGUAGUGGAAUUAGGUCGCCAUGCUUUGUUUGCAUGCAAUAUUCUCUUUCCUCCAGAUUAAAGGAGAAAGGUUAAAGGAAACGUGAGGGAAAGAACCAACCAAGUGGGUAUUGGUUUGGCUUACUAAUAUAGCCCUGAGAGUUUAACUGAAAUCUCCACGCCAUGACGUAAUUUCAAAAGUAAAUAUACGCUCCUCACGUUCUGUAGGAAGAUCUUUUAUAAAAUGGUAGAAACCAUGCAGGAAAAUGAAACCUCUCUCUAAAAUAAGUAGAAACAAUGCAGCCUUUUUUUUGUUGUUGUUUACUUCUAGUCCAUGGGCAUUGAAAAGUUUUCAAGGAACUCUAGACGGUACCUCAUAAGCUUCUUUUAUGUGGCUCUUUGAGGUUAAGAAGCAAAAUGCAAUUGCAAAUAAUGCUGUUACUGUCUUUUUCCAGCAAGACUUGUGUUUUAUAGGGAAAAUCUUGCAUCAAACUUUUUCAGGUUUCUAAAUGUUAUAACUAACCAUUUGCCAGUGCGGCAGAAAAGAAAGACCAUUUGAAACUCUAAUUAUGCAACUCAGAAGCUUUCACUCCAGUAUGAAUGUAAAUAUUGUUCCAGUUAUUAUAAAGGAGACUUUUUUAAUUAGUACAAUGGAUUUUAUUUAUGGUUUAUGUUCCCUUUUACUUUAGACACAAUGCAUUGAAAAGGAAAAUUGUUUUCUGGCUGUUUUAAUUUAUUUUUAUUGUUUGAGCAGGAAGUAAACAUAGUUAUUUCUGACAGUUUUACUUUUUUUGUAGGGUUUUCAAGUGAUAGACUGUAAAAGUAAAAUGGUAAUCACACAGAAGCUAGAAAAUGAUCUCCCAAUAUCUGAGUCUGGGACAUUUUUUUUUCCCCCAUCUUUGUGAUCAGUUGGUUGGUUGGUUGGUUGGUUUUUGUUAGUAGUUUUCAAAUGAGUUAAGUCGUAUGUAUUUUUUUACAGAAUUCUACGUGCCUUUCUUCUUAGUGGCCUUAUAUCCUUGUUACUAAAGCACAGCGGCAGAAAGAAUGGAAAAACUGGCCUGCAAGUAUCCGUCCUCAGGGCCAAAUCUGCCUGCCUUACCUUCAUGAGUAGCUCCAUUGAUUUCAAUGCGCCUGCUUGCCCGAGUAAGACAAGUAGUUUCCUUGGUCAUUAUGGGUGAAAUUCUGCGGUGUUAUAGAGAGCUCGAGCUGGGCC